AUAUAAAACAGAGGGAAGAACGCGUCCACUUCUAUUGUCAUACAUCAUGGGGUUCUCGAGACAAGUAACUUUGUUGUGUGUUGUGAUGAUGGCGGUCUCUGGCGUAAUCGGAAAUCCUGCGCGUAGCAAGAUAACAAUCGACGUGAGAUACGAAAUACUCUGUGAUGAAGAUUUUGGAGAUAUUGGAGCUCUUGGAGAUUCUAAAAACUGCACGCAGAAUUCAAAACUAAACAGCAAAACCGAUGCUCCGGUAAUCAUAGCCGAAUCAACGACACCGGAAGCAACUGAAGAAGUUACAGACACGACAACAGAACAGGCGACGACGGAGACGACGACGGAGACGACCACGUUCAUGACCACGACGCCAACGACGCCAACAACAACCAGCGCCCCUGUCACCAACGGAACAUUCGUUUGCCCGAACGUGGGAACAUACGCAGACCCUCAAGAUUGCCACAGUUACUACAGAUGUGAUAUAAUAAGCAACCCGCAACACAAUACUUGCAUCAUUCUUACGAAAUACGAUCCCAGUACACAGGGAUGUUCUUUCGGCUUCUGCUAAAAUGCCAGAUGCAGCCCUCACGUACAUUUACGUGCACAUGAAGGAGAAAUUGCACGUAAAACACGUUCAUGAAAUCUGCUUCUACACGUGAAAUUAUUUAAAAAUAUAAAAUCACCUGUUUCUUUCAACUUAUGUAUAAAAACAACUUUUUCCUGCAAGACAGAUGUAAGACAAGACAUAAGUGUUAUCGUUAAGACAGAAAUUUCUUUUAAUCGUGUAAACAUUAUGCAUUUCUGUUCGCACAUCCGUCACAUUUGUUCUAGUGUUUAUAUUACUGUCUCUAUCUUCAAGCAUGAAAACAAAAUUAAAUCCUCUUUAAAAUAUCGAAACCCCAGCACUCCUAAUAAAAUACGUUUUCCACUAAGAGUCUAAGCACAAAUAAUGACAAGUCUUUUGUCUCUCGGAAGAAAGCGCUUACAUGGAGUUUUAAAACAUGAAAAUCCAUUUUCUUUUCCAAUUCAAAUUUAUUUUCUAAACUCUUAGCAUAGAAAUUUGGACAAUAAAAGGUAAUAUCAACAUAAUGUGACUCAAAAA